AUGGCUCAGCAUCUGCUUGCGGCGGCUGACAGGUACGGACUUGACAGGCUCAAAAUUAUCUGCGAGGGCAAGCUCGUCGGUGGCAUCACCGUCGACACGGCGGCAACUACUUUGGCUUUGGCAGAGCAGCACAACUGUCCGCACCUCAAGGAGAAGUGUGUUGAGUUUAUCAUCAGUAGUCCUGAGAUCCUUGUUGCCGUGGUGGCGACGGAGGGGUAUAAGCAUCUGGAGGCAAGCUGCCCUUCGGCGCUCACUAGCAUUGUCCUGUCUACGCGUGGGAGAAGGAACUGA